AUGUCUGUCGUUUCCCUCCUCAAAGUCAACAUCCUGGACAACCCCGCACCCUUCAGUCGACCUUUCAAGUUCGAGAUCACCUUCGAAUGUGUCGAGCAACUCACCAAGGACUUGGAGUGGAAACUAAUCUACGUCGGUUCCGCCACGAGCUCCGAUUACGAUCAAGAGCUUGAUUCCUUGCUUGUUGGACCAAUCCCCGUUGGUGUCAAUAAGUUCGAGUUCACGGCCGACCCACCAGCUUUGAAUAAGAUUCCAACCUCCGAGCUUCUCGGUGUCACUGUCAUCCUCCUGACCGGUGCUUACGAUGGCAGAGAGUUCAUUCGUGUUGGUUACUAUGUCAACAAUGAAUACGACAAUGCCGAAAUGAAUGCAGAGCCUCCAAAGCAACCACAGAUCGAGAGACUGAUCAAAAACAUACUGGCCGAGAAGCCUCGUGUUACUCGCUUCUCUAUCAAAUGGGACUCUGAGGAAUCUGCUCCUGCCGAAUUCCCGCCAGAACAACCGGAGGCUGAUCUUGCGCCCGAUGAUGCCGACCAAUACGGUGUCGAAGAACUCGAGGACGAUGAGACCGAGGCCGAGGUUGAAGCCGAAGCUGAAACUGCCACCCGUGACCCCGAUGCCAUGGAAGAGGAUACCGAUAUGGGAGGUGUUCCUGCUCCUGCUGUCGGUGAUGAAGAAUCCGCUGCUGAGGGUUCUGAAGAUAUUGAGGAUAGCACCGACGAUGAAGUCGAGGAAGAGGACGAGGAGGGCGGUGAAGAGGACGAAGCAAUGGCUAUGGACCACGAUGGACCGGGUGUUGCUCCUGGUGGAGCUGGCCAACCUCCUGUCCAGCAGCCCAUUGCCCAGCAUUAA